AUGACGCCUCGCCUUCAACAACUGUUUCUUCUGGCAUGGUCCGUGCCAUUACUACUCUUAGGCCAGGUCAACAGUGUCGCCACGCACAAUCUGGACUACGUAAAUGGUGAGACCGGUGUAAGCAUCAACAGUUUGUCGAGAACUAGAGACUUCAACGUGCCGCGAUCAGAUGAAGAAUCACGUCGACAAUAUUGCUUUGGGACAACACAGAACCAACUCUAUGUCACCGACUUCUUACAAAACAACUUGGAUAUCUUGACAGGCCAUUCAACAUGCUGGCUCAACAGAGGGAUCGCUGGUCUAAGAACGGAACUCGAAAGAAAUCUCACAUCGACGGGUCGGUCGGAUAUGCAGGUUCCGAAAUGUCCAAUCAACAUCACGAGCUCAGGCAACACCUACCUGAUCGACUUUCCCAAGAACAGCUAUCACGUUAAUACACUUUCGAAAUCUAUGAUGAUUAUACUAACAAGUAUACACGUGGCCGCCAUGACACUUGCUUUUUUUAUUAUAUACCCCAUCAUCCUGAUCUUUUCGACAAUGAUCGCUCUUGGCGAACUCAUCGAGCGACCCUUAUUUAAAGCUCGGAUCGAAAAAUGGCAGAAGAUACUUUUCUGCGUCUUCUUCCUCCCUCUUCUGGCCAUUGGCUUGCUAUGCGGACUGACUGGGAUGGGGUCGUCGGACCACUUUCGAACAGAACAUGGGAUCAUUGGCUUGGUCACGGCAGUUUUGGCAACUUUGGCAGUAGGAGUAUACCUCAUCGAGAACAACCUCAGACCAAAGAUCUCUAUAAGCAGGAAAUGGCGCCGAGUACACAUGAUGGUCAACUACACCGACAUCUUCAUCUGCCAGGCUGUGCUCAUGCUUUCUGGCUUUGCCCUGCCUGACGGAAUCGACGACUUUCAGGUCAUGAGUCUUUGCGGCACAAGACAUAUCUCCACCUCACUCUCUUUCUCGGUGGGCAUGAUGGUAGCGUUCGUAUGGAACAGUGCGAUGGCAGCUAUGACGCUUCAGUGGUGGCUUGUUCGCAGGGCUAGUGAGGACAAGCCUCCUGGCAAGAUAUGGCUGGUGGUAUCGCGCGUCUUUAGGCGGAAUACCAACACCUGUGAGGAUGAUCAGUAG